AUGUCCUUCCUUGUAACUCUGUUCCCAGUGCAAAAACGAGAGCGUGCCCACAAUGCAUGUCUAUCAUGUCGAUCUAGAAAGAGAAGAUGCGAAAUUAGAUCCGGUGAAAAGAGCUGCAUUAGAUGUCAGACUCUGAAGUUGAAGUGUCAAUGGGAUAAGGUAAGUCAUAGGCUGCUGUUACCGAAAUCUUAUGGUGAACUGGAUGAAGAUGUUUUCGUGAAAAUGUUCCGUGAUAGAGACCAGAGGAAGCCCCAGUUUGUAUGUGCAACGCAGCCCUUGGCCUCAUUACUCAGUAAGGACUCUGUCUUGUGUUUCGAUGGUGAUGCUUACGGGCUCUACUAUCCGUGGAGGGGAGAGCGUCGGACUCUGUCUCAAAUCGGGAAUAAUCUACGCAAGUAUUUGGAGGCCGAAAACGCUUUUGUCUUGCCUAGCAUAGUCGAGCAACGCAAGUUGAUUCAUAUUUUCUUCGAUCAUCUUUAUCCCUUCUACCCUGUUGUAGAUCAGGAUUUUAGAACCAAUUUUACUCAGUCGCCACUUAUAUUGCUCAAUGCCGUGUUUCUAGCGGCCACGAGGUUCGACAAGACUAUUCCCCGAAAGAACCUCAGAGAGCGGCUAGCGGUAUUAUAUGAACGUUGCAAAUUACUUGAAAUGGUUGAAACAAACAAAGUUGUUCUCAUACAAGCAUAUUUACUUCUCUCUAUCCACGAAGAAGGAAUGGAGGGCGUGACUUCAUCCAAAGAAUAUGUCGCAAAAGCGUGCAAUCUAUGUGGGGAGUUGGCCAUUACUAACAUGGGAUAUUCGGAUGAAGCCUCGCAAUUUCCUCUUCCCAAGGAAUCGCUGACCUUCCCUAGAGCCCUCUUGCGAAGGCUCUUGUGGACGACGUUUUGCUGUGAUAGACUUGUGUCGGCGACAAGUGGGAGAGAGAUGAUCUUCAACAUGAAGGAUUUUUAUAUUGAGCCGUUCAGUGAAAGGGACUUUGAAGAUGAUCCUAAUAGUCUGGAUAACGUCAUUUUAUUCAGCUCAUGGUUGCAUCUAAACACCCUAACUGAUCGAAUUCAAUGUGCCUUGUAUCGGCCCCCUGCUAGCAGAACUAUAGAUGCAAACUUGCAAAAAGACAUUGAAAGUUGGAUACCACCCGAAAUUAAUGACCCCGAAAAGGUAGGAUUUCUUAAGGUGACUCACGCUUACCUAUGUUUGUUAUAUUUGAGGCGGGGUAUCGACUCCGUGGCAUUGCUGCUUCACAAUACCUCUUUGUUGGCUACAUUCGAUAAACAAAUCGAGAUAACAAUACAGCAGAUUCAUCGAACAUCAUCGGAUGUUCUAGAAUAUCUCGAGUCACCUCGAAUUUUGCAUCAUAUUGUAGUGGUUCAUGCUGUUCUCCAUGUUGUGGCCCUUCUUCAACUUGAAUUGAGCACUCAUUAUGGCAUUGAGGUACAGAAACAGGAAUUUAAAAAUUAUUACAACAAAACAUCAAAAAGAUGUAUUGGCAGACUUGAAGAGUUCAAGGACUACUGGUGGUUUGCUGGUUCGGCACUUAAGCUCUGCCACGUUAUAACCAAAAACGAAAUUACCUGA